CAUCCCUUCGCCAUGGCUCGCACAGGCAUUCCCGGCCGCGCCGCGCCGCGCCGCAAGCACGAGCGUGCGCCCAGCGGCAGCGCCCCCGCGCGCGGCCCGCAGGCCAAGAGCAAGUCGCGUCUCAGCAGCUCGUCGGCAGCCGCAGGCAGCAGCAGCAGCGCAACGCCCGCGGCCGGCAGUGCCGAGGCGGCCGUCAGCAAGGCGGCCAAGCGCGCCGUGAUGCGGCAGGCGCUGCUCGCUGCGCCCACUGUGGCAGCCGCGGAUGUGGCGCCGGGCAAGGGAGACACCGUGUCGCGCUCGGCACUGCGGCGACGCAAGCGUCAGGCGCGCGAUGCGAUUGGCCAGGACGCGGCGGCGGGGCGAGAGGGCGGCGUCAAGGACGUGGCGGAGGCACUGCUGCAUGUCGAGGAGGAGAUGGAGGAGGAGGAAGACGCGCGACAGGAGGAGCCGCUCGGCGUGGGAGCGAAGAGCGCGGCGACCAUCAGCACCAACAUGCGCAAGGCCACUCUCGCCCAAGAGCAAAAGCGCCAAGCCGCCAUCGUGUCCGACGCCUCGUUCCGCGCCAACCCCUUUGCCGCACUGCGUGUCCACGCGCGCCAGAGCCUCGCUUUCGACGCUGGCAAGGCGGCGCGGUGAAGGUGUGUCCUGGCGUUUGCCGGGCUGCUGGCCUCGCUGCGAAUGGGGCCCUCUUCGCCUCCUGGUGCGGACGUCGACCCGCGCUGCCACGAUACUUACCGAGCGCAGUCCUCUGCACACAGCAUCAAACGACCCAAUGUGCAGUCAGCGAGUGAGGCGAGGCAAUGUAUUUCUAGUGCAAGAGAUCGAGAUCG